GCUGCAGGUACCAUCUCUGAGCACAGGAGAGUGAGGCAGCGAUGGUGACACACUGGGAUGCUCUCUACAGGCGGUACCAGCUGCACCAGUACCUGAUGCUCAUGGAGCUUCAGCAGGAGGGUAAGGUCUCGCUGUGGUGCCAGCCAGAAGGAGGCUCUGAUACCUGAGGCUUGCCUUGAGGAAAGGUGUCGUGCAGCUCCUGCUGGGCUGCACAGAGGCUGCCUUCCUAAUGACAGGAAUAAAGCCUUUGAGUUUUCAUCUACUACAAUUUCCUUCUCUGUUGGGAUUCCAGCCACUGCCUCUGGGCUCUUCUCACUACAAAUUCUUGCAUCUCCCAACUGGCAGCUCUGAACUCCAAAUACCUUUCCAUUUUGGGUAUCAGCCACAGGAUCCCCUCGACCUAAACAGACCUCAGGUCUCUGUUUCAGCUCCAGAUGGUGCCUGGGCUCUCAAUAAAACUCCUAGAAAUCCCAAGACUCAAUGCUGCACCUCAGUUUGGAGGGCUGUGGAGGUCACUACCCUACCACCUCACCAGUUAAGGGUGUGAGCUCGCUGAUGCAGAGCAUCACCUGCUUCUCGCUUGCUUUCCAGAUAUUGUCAGUAUCUGGAAUGGUGUGGCUGAGUACAUUCAACGACACCUACUAAUGAACAGGGGAGUGAAAAUCAAUGGACUUGGGACAUUCUUUGUUGUUAGACAAUAUUUACCAACAAGGAACAAUGACCUUCUUCCUGUUCAGAGACCUGUAUUUAAUCUAUCUGUGACUGCUGCAGUGGUUCAUCAGAUCAAAUACACUAACAGAGACAUUCCUGGGGACGUGAUGAUUCUGCCAGUGUACCACCACAAGAUGCGCUUGGAGCCCUUCUUUCGCAAGAGGACAGUGGAGCGGUGCAUGGAGGAGACCCUGAUCUGUUUGUCUCGCCUUCUUGAAAACGCAUGCGACGUGGACUUUGUUUUCAGAGACAUUGGUGUUCUCGUUAUCCGAGAAAACAGAGUGCGUAUGAGAUUUUACAAAGAGUUCCUUGAAACUCUAGAUCAGACUGGGACUCUGGCAGAAGCUCUUCUCCGCGAUCCAAUGACAAAGGAUUCAGUUAUAACAGACAGGGAAUCCAUUGUGCCUCAGAGUGAUGACAGCGAUGCAGGUAUCUUCAUGUUUCCAAGAUUGGAGAUAAAGAAGGUACAUAGACCACCAUUCUGGAAAACUCCCAGAAAAAGAAUUGUAAAGCUCACUCAGGGAAAGAAGGCAGGGAAAGAAACGGUUGAUGAGAAGAUUGCUAGAAAAGCAAGCCUUCUUGGAAAGCACCUCCUGGGCCAGGAGAGAAUUUCUUCAGUCAAGAUAACAGAACAAAAAAGGGAGGAGAUCAAAGAGCCUUCUGUCAGCCAGCCGCUAGCAAUGCCAGAGGGCUCCCAGAAGGACGAGAAAGUUGAGAGCAAACACACUCCUGAUGACCAACCUGGAACUGUUAGUGAAGGUCACAACAGGGCACAAAAGGAGAUACAAUACCUGCCUACCCCAUGGGACCAAAAAAACCGCUGGGCAACCUGGGACGAAGACAGGCGCCAGAGAGAAAGAGCAGACCUGGCAGCCGUACUAGCUAGGAGAGAAAAGGAAAAGCAGUGGAUGGCCAAGUUGAAACCUCUUUUAGAAAAAGUGGUUCCAGAGGAAGAGUAUGGCUAUACUCCAAGAGAGACUGACAUCAAAAGAUGGAGGAAGCUCUUACAGAGCACAGAACAUUUGAAACCCUACUCUCCUGGGGACGCUACACCCUCCCUUGUCAAGAGAAAGGCAUACGAUGAAGGGUUGAAGGAGAAGAUUAAGCAGAAGUGGGAAAAGGAUAAGAAUCCUAAAUCUGCAGAGAAGCAGAAAGAACCAAACCUGCUGAAGCUACUGCCAGAGGACAUUUGGGAGAUGAUCCAGCUACAAGACUGGGUGGUGAAAGGUAUCAGGAUGGCAAGCCGUGCAAAUGAGAGAUGAACAACCCCAGAGCAUCCAGUGCCCUUCCAGACACUACAUAUACCUUCAGAUCCUGGCACAGCCUGGAUAAACUUCCACCCUUUUUCUUUUGCAAGGACAUUCAUUCUUUGUCUCUGUAAUGCAAAUCUGCCUCCAAAUCUGUUGAUCAUCAUCCAAUGACAAUUAAUCUUUGCAAUGGCAUUCCUUAGGAUUUCCAUGUCUCCCUCUAAGUGCCUAACUGCCUAUCUCUCUUUCCCUGUGCAGCUCUCUGGAUCAGCUUUAUUUAUCUACAUAGCUAGAACUUCCUUUCCCUAUAGAUCUAUGUCUCUAUCAUGGCAUAUAUGAGCUCCCUGGUAUUUUACCUCCAACCUAGUCCGGCUGUAGGUACUGUACUGAGAUCAGAUGGCUGAAACAUCUUUUUCUCUCAUGAAGUACCUACAGGGCUCAAGUUGAGAGGUCUGUAUUUAUUUUUUAUUGGAUGAAAAGCAGUGAAGAGAAAUAUUCUGGGACUCUUCCUCCACUCUGCAACUGCCAUCAUGGGCCAAAUCGAAGUUGCAGAUGAGUAUUUUGGAGCACUAUAGAGUCUUCAGCGAGAGGAGAUACAUUCCUGAUAAUGGAGAGUGGAGACACUUAAUCCUAUUAAUUUUUAGCUGUCUCCUUUCUCUAAUUAUGAUGACAGGUCUAAUGCAGAGGAGAGAAAUUAGCUUCAUGCUUAUUCCUAUCGAGGGGUUUGUUGCAGCAAGUUAUUUUAAGCAUCUGGUUGAUGGUGUUUUUAAGAGUUUUAUAGGAAACUAUUAUUCUUUGCAUUGGAAAGAAGCUUUAGGGAAAACAGUCUCAAGCCUGUUUUGACAAUCCUGUUAGCCUUUUUCAAAUUCUGGGCUCCUUUAAACCGGUCUCUGAUCCUACUCUGAAUUUUAUAACAAAACAUCUCCAGCAGGAUCAGGUGAGGACUUUUCAAAAAAUUCUAGGGAAAGUGGCUGAAGCCAGUGUCCUUCUAAUCUACUAUUAGAAGGGAUCUUUGCUUCUGUUUUGUACAAAUUCCUCCUACCUAGUGCUCCACACAACAUGAAACAGUCUGUCAGUGUUUGCUGGCAGAACCAUCUUCACAUGGUCUGAACAGGUGACAGCUGCCUGCCUGCUAGAUCUUCUAGUUCUUGGGGACCUUUAUCUCGCAGCUGUGGCCAACUGUCCUUCAGCCAGAGCUCCAGUUUUUGGAGCUCUUUUCCCUGCAGGCAAUUUAAAUUCAGAUAGAAAUUUUAACCAAACAGCACAAAAGCUUUACUGAUUUAUUCUCUUCUUUGUGUACAUACAGGAAAGGCAAGUUAAAAUCACAGAAAUAUUAGCAUUGCUUCAUUUAAAAUAUUACAGUCAAUACAGAGGAAGUGUUACAUGGGAUUCAAGCACUCUGGUUCACUGUUUUAAUGUUUUACUGUUCAUUUUUCUGUUAUCACAGUACACGGGAAUGAGAGUCACUAGUGAAUCGCUCUGUCUCUGUAUUGUCUUAUCCAGGGAAGGUGCCUAUGACCUGGCCUGCACUUCUGUAGGCCAGCCUAUGCUUCUGUUCCCAUACCCUACAUGCUGGAGACAUAUACUUUUCUUACACGUCAAAAAAUGUCAGGGGUUUUACACACUAGAACAAAUUCAUCUGGAAAUACCAACAUUGCUACAUCAGCUGUGAAUUUUUAAACAGUAGAGACAGAACCCGACGACUACUCUAGAAGAGACAGAGUUGCAACGUUACUCUCACACAGCCACAUACAAUGAUUGGAUAGCAAAACUGGAAAUCAUUUAAUGGAAGAAUCCAGAAUCUCUUGAUAAUCUUGUCUUCCUAAAUUCUUCCAGGACAACUUGUAACAUGCUAAGAAAAAUACGCUAACUAAAAUAACUGCUCCACCAGCAAGAUCAUAAGCACUUGGAAAGAUUCGCAGCACGAUGAGCUGCAGGACCAUGGCGAUGACUAUCUCCAAGUGCUGUACGGUGCUGACCAGAGCAGGGUGGAACUUGCUGAGGGCAUAGUAGACCCCCAGGAAGGCUGCUGUGGAGCAUAGGCAGAUGGCAAGGAGAUAGCUCCAGGUUUCUCCAUCCAGCGGAACGAUUGGCUCUUGAAGGAAAAACAUGGUAGAUGCUCCCCACACUGUUCCCGUCCAACUAAAGGUGAACAGGGCUGUCCACAUGCUGAUGUUAUCUUUGAUCGACCUGUAGACUAUCAUGGAGAGAGCAGUGGUCAAACCUGCCAUCACAGUCAUGGUAUAGCCAAAAGCUUCCUUCCAGGUGCUCAACAAAGAGUCUUCCUCGCUCACAAUGUUGGGGAUCAUCACCAGGCAAACACCAAACACACUGCCAACUACAGUAAUUAUGUCUAUGUAAGCCAUUCCUUCAUCUAAUAGUAAAAAAGCCAAAAUGGCACUGAACACUGUAGUGGUAGCCCUCCACAUGAUGGUCCCAUUACUGGGGGGAACUAUAGAGAAGGCAGUGUAGGCACAGGUAAUGGAGAUAACGUUGCAGACACCAUAGAAGAAGAGCCGCAGUCUAAACCCUUUGGGGCCAAAGGGAGGCUCAUGGUGAUAACACACAACUGUAACAGACAGCACCUGUAAGACUGAGCGGAUGAAAAUUAACUCUAGGGAUGGCACUUUGGAACGAUCAGAAAUCAGUCUUGUUAUUAGAGCCACACAUCCAUGAGCCACAGCAGAUCCAAAAAGGACUACCCAAGUUUUUCUCGACUGCAGGAUACUUCCUUCAGGAAAAUUUUGGAAUUGCCCAGUGUCAUCGCAUUUUGGCAAUUGUGGUGGCUGAAGCUGGGUGUCUAUUGUACCAAAAAAAGUCCUUUCUCUCCUUUUGCCAUCAUUCAGUAAUCUUUUCUUAGGAUUCUCCUCCAUAAAUACUCCAGUAUCUUCAUUACCAUCCUCAUCUCCCUCUUCUCCUGGUUGAGGGUAAUGGGAGGUAUAUUUCACUGUUACUGUGUUGGGAUGGAUUUUCACUCGUUUUUUGACUGGGUAUUUCUGAGAAGACAUAUCCAUUUCCUCAAAGAAAAAUCCUGAUCUUAACAAAACAAAGCAAAAAGAUGCACUGUUAUUUAAUUAAUAGUGAGAGAUUCAUUAAUUUUAAAUGCUGUCAGUUCUUACAAGCUAUUUCCGUGAGCCAUGCUACUAGAUUUUUUUCUUGGUUUCCCUCGUUUGAUAUUAAUUUCCAGUGAGUUAUUGCUAGACGCCUUUGACAGGCCAUUUGGAUUUGCUUAAAAAGCCAACUAGGUAACUUAACCUUAGUUGCUAAUUUUUGAA